AAAUUGGGGGGAAUUGAAUCUUAUCCACAAUUCAAUCUCUUCCAGUUUCAUCAUCUUCGUCUUCAACCUCGCAACGCGUUAAUGGCGGCUUCGUUCUCACUCACGAGCUUCAUCUCCUUCAUUUCACCGUUCAAAUCUCAAACCAAACCUACUCCGCCACCGAACAUCACUCUUCCUUCUCCGAGUGUCACCCAAAGGCGAAGAAAUGAUCUCUCAAUCGAAUCAAUGGCGGUUGAUGAGUCUUCUUCUACCGGUUCUUCACUUUCCUCUGAGCUUGCCUCUGUGAUUUGUCCAUCGCUUGCUUACUCGAACACGCUCUUCUUCAGUUCGGGGUACAACGUGCAAGUGUUUGUUGAGGAUAAUGAGUCAGAGGAGAGGCUUGUGAAUCGGUUUAGGAGAGAAGUGAUGAGAACUGGUGUUAUACAGGAAUGUAAGCGAAGGAGAUACUUUGAGAAUAAACAAGAUGAGAAGAAACGUAGGACUCGUGAUGCUGCUAAGCGUAAUAAGAAAAGACGUCCUCAGGCAAGGUUUACUCAAGAAACAAGAGAAGAAGCAGCAGCAGCAACUAAGAGUAAGAAAAAGGAUGAGGAGGAAGACAACUGGGAGAUGCCUGAUGGAGAUGUACCUUCUUAAAGCACAAUUUCAGUAAAUAACUCUCCCGGCAUUUUGGUUAAAUUUCGUAUUAUCCCGUUUUUAUUACUUGGUACAUCGUAAGUUGAAAUGCAUCAACUGCAUAUAACUUGCUUCUAGUAUUGAGUUCUCUUGUUAAUGUUAAAGGCAUUUAUAUCUGUCUCCUAAUGUUUUAUAAUGACUAAAAUCCAUUGCAUUUA